AAUCUGCAUUCACUGAGAGGCUCUUUCACCCUGACAGAUUUGCAGUGUGCAUGCAUAUGUGUUCGUGUUAUCCCCCUUGAUUCUCUGGCUUAUUUAUUUAUUUACUCAUUUUCUACAGAUUCCUUUUAUUGUCCCUGCUUUCACAAGCGCUUAAUACUGUCAAACAGUGGAUCUGCUGACACAAGACGCGUAUAGCGGAUCUCAUAUAACCAAUAUUAAUUCUCCCAGCCUGGCGGAAUGUAUCAUUAUAGUCAAUGUACCUGGUAGGGGGUGGGGGGCACGACGGGACUAUUCCAUUUGAAACAAAGAGAACGGUUGAGGGGGGAGAUGUGUUCACCAAAGACGCCAAAUUCUGGAAAUUAUACCUUACUUAAUUUCAAAUUUUUCCACCACAAAAUGAUCGUGUGGAUACUCCUGCUUUUAUGUCGUAUACAAUGUUCUAUUCAAAAGGAAGAUGAAGAUUAUGAAGAUGCGCCAUCUAAUAAAACAUGGCUUUUGACACGUAAAUUCCAUGAUAAUGAUGUAACAUCUAUUUUAAAUGGACUUCUUAAUGGAUAUGACAACAAGUUGAGGCCUGAUAUAGGAGUGAAACCGACAGUAAUUCACACAGGCAUGCACGUAAAUAGCAUUGGUCCAGUAAAUGCCAUCAAUAUGGAAUAUACUAUUGACAUAUUUUUUGCUCAAACCUGGUAUGACAGACGUCUCAAAUUUAAUAGCACCAUAAAAGUACUUCGGCUAAAUAGUAACAUGGUUGGCAAGAUCUGGAUACCAGACACAUUUUUUCGUAACUCCAAAAAAGCAGAUGCACACUGGAUAACAACACCUAAUCGAAUGCUGAGGAUAUGGAAUGAUGGUAGAGUUCUUUACACACUGAGGCUUACUAUAGAUGCUGAAUGUCAGUUGCAGUUGCAUAACUUUCCAAUGGAUGAACAUUCUUGCCCCCUGGAAUUUUCGAGCUAUGGAUAUCCAAAAGAAGAGAUUAUCUACCAGUGGAAACGCAGUUCAGUUGAAGUAGGAGAUGUAAGGUCAUGGAGACUUUACCAGUUUUCAUUUGUUGGUCUAAGAAAUACCACAGAGGAAGUGAAAACAACUUCAGGAGAUUAUGUUGUAAUGACAGUAUACUUUGAUCUGAGCAGAAGAAUGGGAUACUUCACUAUUCAGACCUAUAUUCCUUGCACACUUAUUGUUGUUCUGUCUUGGGUGUCUUUUUGGAUUAACAAAGAUGCUGUUCCAGCUCGGACAUCACUGGGUAUUACAACCGUCCUGACAAUGACAACUCUAAGUACAAUUGCACGGAAGUCUCUACCUAAGGUGUCUUAUGUGACAGCAAUGGACCUCUUUGUAUCAGUGUGCUUUAUUUUUGUAUUUGCUGCUCUGAUAGAAUAUGGAACUCUCCAUUAUUUUGUCAGUAACAGGAAGCCAAGCAAGGACAAGGAGAAAAAGAAGAAAAAUCCACUUCUCUGGAUGUUUUCCUUCAAGGCUCCAACUAUUGACAUCCGUCCACGUUCAGCUACAAUUCAGAUGAACAAUGCCACACAUCUUCAAGAGAGAGAUGAAGAAUAUGGAUAUGAAUGCCUAGAUGGUAAAGAUUGUGCCAGUUUCUUCUGCUGUUUUGAGGAUUGCCGAACCGGCGCAUGGAGACAUGGAAGAAUACAUAUUCGUGUUGCAAAAAUUGACUCCUACUCAAGAAUUUUCUUCCCAACUGCCUUUUGCUUGUUUAAUUUGGUGUAUUGGGUAUCAUACCUCUACCUUUAAAAGAUAUAAAAUAAAAUCAUGAAUAUAGAUAAGUGACAUGGGCCUUAUAAAAUAUACAUAAUUUUGUUUAUCAAAUCAUUUUGUGACGCACAUUUUAUCUGAUGAUUCAAUGUGUAGUGUGCCAUAGCUUAGUAUUACACUAAUGCUGAAUAAAACAUGGUUUACAGUCAGAUUUGAGAAAAUAAAAGUUAAUUAUAGAAUAGUGUGUUAAGCCAUAGGAAUAUAAAGGUUUAUACGUAUUAAAGGAUUCAGUUAUCUUUAUAAGGGAUGAGUGAUUAUGAUAAUCUGUCAAUGCUGUGUAAACAUACUGCUCUUUUUGCAACUUUUGUUUUCUAUUUCUUGUCUGUAUUUGACAUUUAAGCAAUUUUCUCACAUGUCUACAGAUUUAAAGUAAGAUAAAAAAAUAUACACCUUUUAUAAAAUGGUAAAAACUUCUCACCAUUUAGGUAACAAGCACAUGUAUACAAUCAUGUAAAUAUUUUGCUAAAAAAACAUGUAGUAUAUAGAAGAUUAAAUGCAUGCAUCCAUUAAUGCCAACAUACAGCCAAGGUACCUUACCAUAUAGUGUUAUACAUUUUACAUGUCACCCUGUGUUGUUUUAGGUAUAAUGAUGGAUUUAGUUCAUCAUUUUCUAUUCAACCUUGACUACCUAUGCUGUCAUGCAUGAACUAUUUCAUACUGCUCUUUCCUGAUAACUAUUCUAUAUGCCUUAAGGAUAUGAAAUUUGAAAGCAAUCUGCUCUUUCACAAACUCUCCAAUUCAGUAUUUUAGAAAAUUCAGCCAAAGGGAGCAAUCAGGCAGCAGAAACAAACUGUACAAGUCUGCUCAGCUUUUCUCCUAUAUAUUUUGAUUUUCCCUGCUUCCAUUUGCUUUUACAUACAUAUGCCUUUUAUGUAUUCAGAGUUAUAUUCAGGUCAUAACACUCUAUGAUCACAAUAAGUGCAGUUAAUUUAUAAUGUUACUUAAGACUAGUCAUACUAAGCAUUAUGUAAUUUAAUUUUCAUAUAUAGAAACAUUCAUAUUAGAUAUUACAAAAAAAUAAGCAUUAAAAAAGUUCAAACACUUCAUUGUAAUAGGGACUAUUAGCCCAAAAGUAAAUAAUCAUGUUGAAAAAAAAUCUGAAUAAUAUUACUUAUGUAGCUUUUUAUGGGCGUAUGAUCUAUUGAGUGGGAUUUUUGCGUUUGACUUUGCAAUGUCUGACAAAGUGCUGCAUCUAUUAGCUAAUUAUGUGAUAUUAUUCACACUGUUACACCAUGUUUUAAUAUUUUUUGUUUAAUAAAAGAAAAUAUCUUAAAAUAAUGUUAGAAAAGGCGAGUUAGUUUCAAAGUCACUUUGUUGGCUUAGUAAGAGGCGUUAACCACUGCAGAUAAAUGCAAAAGUGAUGGUGCGUGUAUGCUUUUAAAUUUUCUGUCAAAUAAUUUUUAGGCAAAUUAAAAACCACAUGAGCUAUUAUGCCCCUUUUUCUGCCACUCACAUAAUGUAGGGGUUCCUCUUGAGUAAGCUUAAAGGCUACCCUCUGUGAUACAUUUGUAAAGCUCUGAUUUAUAUAUUGUGAGUGCCAAGAUGCCCUAUAGUAAGGUAGCACUUAUAGUGUGCUGGGUCCUAAAAACUGAUAAAGUCAUGAAGCACAAUGUGGCAGAAUAGGAGACGAAGAAUUUAUGAAGAUGGCCACUUUAUUAGCAAUAGGGAAGGCAUCUUGGAAUAGUUGUUACAGUCUAUUGUAUAGGUCAGUUUCACUAAUAAACACCUCUUAUUCAGUGUCACCGGAAUCCUGAUAAAUUGAAAAGACAAAAUAUACGUUUGCAAGUAUAUCAGAAAUCCUGGAAUAUUUUCACAUUUUCUUGCUAGAGAGUCCUCCAGUAAGGAGACGCAUUGGCUGUCAGAUUUCAACACCCCACCCCAUAAAUACACUUUUCAUUAUAAUUGCUGAUACUUGUUUUAUUAAGGGAUCACUAUAGGGUCAGGAACACAAAUGUAUUCCUGACCCUAUAGUGUUAACAACACAAUCUAGCCCCCCUGGGCCCCUCAU